GAGAGAGAGAUAGAGAGAUCUGGAAAUUUCCGCAGAGAGAGAGAGAGAGAGAGAGAGAUUCGUACUUUUCUUCUUUUCUCGUGAGCCCAAAAAGAUCCCAAAAAGGCGAAAAAAGAUACCACGCAUAUUCCUGUCCCUCUUUCCCGCGUAAAAUAUCGUAACGUAUCGGUCCGAUACAUCUUUUUUAUUUCUGGUAUUUGAGGUCUCCUUGCAAUGGAAAAUCUCACAUCUCUUCCGCCCCGUCUUCCUCUGCAAUCUCAUCUCAGCAACCCUCGUGUUCCAGGCUCUUUUUAGAUUCCACUCCGUUAGAUCCGUUUUUAGGGUUAGGGUUUCGUUGGGAGAGAGAGGGAGAGGGAGAAAGACGGAAAGAUGAAUGUGGUGAAGUCUCAGGUGUGGCAGCCUUGUAAUAAGAAGAGAUCUUGAUGGCAUAGGAGUAGAGAAGGAGAGGAAUGAGCGAUGGCAGAUCUGUAAUAACCAGAGGGAUUGAGGGCAUUAGUUGUAAAGUUGGAAGAAGAGGGUGGAGUGCGAGGGCAGGCCUGUAAUAAAAGAGAAACCUUGAGGGUGAUGAGGACGAGCAGUGGUGUAGAAGGACGAGCAAUGGCGGACCUGUAAUAACGAGGGGAAUUUGAGGGCAAUAGUUGUAUUAGUGCGAGGGCGGGCCUGUAAUUAAGAGGGUGCGACGAUGAGUGGUGGAGGAGGAGGUGGGCCCCGCGUGGCGGGGAAGACGAAGGUGGGGAAGUACGAGCUGGGGCGGACGCUGGGGGAGGGGACUUUUGCGAAGGUGAAGUUCGCGAGGAAUGUGGAGAGUGGAGAGAAUGUCGCUAUCAAGAUUCUUGAUAAGGAGAAGGUUCUCAAGCACAAGAUGAUCGGUCAGAUCAAGCGCGAAAUUUCAACCAUGAAAUUGGUUAAACAUCCAAACGUCAUACAGAUGCAUGAGGUGAUGGCUAGCAAGACAAAGAUAUACAUUGUAUUGGAAUAUGUGACUGGUGGUGAACUCUUUGACAAAAUUGCUCAUGGAAGGUUGAAAGAAGAUGAGGCAAGGAAGUAUUUUCAGCAGCUCAUCAAUGCUGUAGAUUACUGCCAUAGCAGAGGUGUUUUCCAUCGGGACCUGAAGCCAGAGAAUCUGUUGCUGGAUUCCAGUGGGGUUCUUAAAGUUUCAGAUUUUGGGUUGAGUGCAUUACCUCAGCAAGUUCGGGAAGAUGGAUUGCUUCAUACAACAUGCGGGACACCAAAUUAUGUUGCUCCAGAGGUGAUUAACAACAAAGGUUAUGAUGGGGCUAAGGCAGAUCUCUGGUCAUGCGGGGUAAUCCUUUUUGUUCUUAUGGCAGGUUACUUGCCUUUCGAAGAAACAAACCUCAUGACAUUAUAUAAAAAGAUCAUUAAGGCAGAUUUCACUUGUCCCUCGUGGUUCUCUACCAGUGCUAAAAAGCUAAUCAAAAGGAUUCUGGACCCCAAUCCUUUAACUCGGAUUACAAUUCCCGAUGUCAUUGAAAAUGAAUGGUUUAAGAAAGGAUAUAAGCCGCCCAGUUUCGAUACUGCAGAUGUAACCAGUCUCGAUGAUGUGGACUCCGUUUUCAAUGAAUCCAGGGAACCUGGAAAUCUUGUCGUUGAGAGGAGAGAAGAAAGACCGAUGGUGAUGAAUGCCUUCGAGCUUAUUUCCACAUCUCAGGGUCUCAAUCUCGGCAUUCUAUUCGAAAAACAGAUGGGUCUUAUCAAACGGGAAACACGAUUUACAUCAAAAUGCCCUGCAAGUGAGAUCAUUUCAAAGAUCGAGGAAACCGCUGGGCCUCUGGGUUUCGAUGUGAAGAAAAACAAUUACAAGAUGAAGCUGCAAGGGUCUAAAACUGGAAGGAAGGGUCGCUUGUCCAUUGCUACUGAGAUCUUCGAGGUAGCUCCUUCUCUAUACAUGGUCAAGCUUCGCAAAUCCACAGGCGAUACUCUGGAAUUUAACACGUUUUAUAAGAGCCUCUCAACCGGCCUCAAGGACGUUGUCUGGAAAUCAGGAGAGGAGGCAGUAGAGAGCCGCACUCUAACUCCCCGUUUCAGGCAUUUGAGAGCGAGAGACGGAGAGAUGAGGGAAGAGGUUAGAAGCUCUGGUGGGGCGAUAGAUCCCGUUCUCGUCGCUCGAUCUUCAUCUCCUCCUGCAACUCCUGCUGCUAGUUCUGCAGGGGCAUCUACAGCCGCUGUUCCAACAAAUGCUGGCAGUGUAGAUCGUCUUGGUCAAGGACAGGGUUCCAAAGUGGGUUCACUGUCCUGUGUUGGUUCAGACCUCCAGAGGACUUCCUUGAGCACAAGUGCGGGUGGUUCGGUACUUGGUUCAUCAUUUGCUUCAUGUAGGCCAUGGGAAAGGGGAGAUUUACUUCGGCGCCUGGCUACAUUUAAACCUUCAAAUUGGUCCGGAAGACCAAAGGCUGCCAGUUCACUGGCUUGUGCCAGAAGAGGUUGGAUGAAUGUUGACAUUGAUAAAAUCGUGUGCGAGACAUGUGGAAAGCAACUCAGUUUUACUUUGUUGGCGUCUUGGACACAGUCCGAAGUUGAUAACGCUGGUGAAGCUUUUGCAAAGGAGCUCGACUCAGGCCACAAAGUCACUUGUCCAUGGAGAGGAAAUACCUGUGCCGAAAGCUUGGUGCAGUUCCCGCCAACUCCUUCUCCAGCACUCAUUGGAGGUUAUAAGGAUCGGUGCGAUGGACUUUUGCAGUUUCAAUCUCUUCCCGUUGUAGCGUUGUCUGCAAUUGAGCAGAUGAAACUUUCUAGGAGCCUGCAGAUCGACCGUUUUCUAUCCCAACCGCACACUAUCACAGCAGGGGAAUUUGGUUUUAGAGCAGACAGCAUCCUAGGACUCGAGUUGUCCAGAGAGGAGGCAUUGUUGACUUAUUCCCGUGCCCAGAAGCUGAUAAGCCUGUGCGGAUGGGAGCCAAGGUGGGUUCUAAAUGUUCAAGACUGUGAAGAGCACUCUGCCCAAUCAGCAAGAAAUGCCUGCUCGUUUAGCCCUAUACAAGAUCGAUUACUUCCUUUGCAGGAACCUGGACUCAGCAAGAAAGCGGUACCUGCUGCAGAAAAAGAAACUGGAAAGAAAAAGAUGUCGAUUCCAGAAUCUAGAUGUGAUUCCAAGUCACCUCUAUUAGAUUGUAGCUUAUGCGGUGUGACUGUCAGAAUUUGGGAAUUCCUUACGGUACCUCGCCCUGCUCGCUUGGCUCCCAACAAUAUUGAUACUGUAGAAACAAGCAAAAAAAUGGCAUUGACACGUGGGGUGAGUGCAGCUAGUGGUAUCAACGGGUGGAUUUCGGUCGAUGGAACAGAGAAAGAACAGGCCGAGUGCCGUGAUGAAGCAGCAACAGCGGAUGAGGGCAAAACAUUAUCAAAUGCUGGUGUGGAUUUAAAUCUUACAAUGGCAGGAGGGUUACCAUCUGGUCAGUUUGUUGUGCCUGCAAUCUCUGAGCACUUUGAAGAUGCAGCUUUAGGAAGAGAUUUAAUGAUUGGUCAGCCUUCUGGUAGCGAGGUUGGUGAUCGUGCGGCUUCAUUUGAAUCACGGGGUCCAAGCACUAGGAAACGGAGCUUUGGUGAAGGAGGGAGCACUGUUGACAGGCCACACAGGAGGUUUCAGGGGGCUGAUAGUGUCGAAGGAACCGUAAUUGAUCGUGAUGGUGAUGAGGUAAAUUACAGUAGAGAAUAUUCUGGGGGCCCCUCCAAGCAUUCCCGUGAUUCUUACCAUUCAUCUUAUAGGAGAGAUUCUUCCGGUGCUGGCCCUAGUCGCUCCAGGGGCUUUGAGACAGAUAUAUAUGGAGACAAAAUUGAACCUUUAAGACAAGGACAUGACCUUAUGACUGGUGCCACCUCUACUAGAGAUUCAGCUCGUGCAUCUUCCGUUAUUGCAAUGGAUACAGUCUGCCACAGUGCAGAGGAGGACUCUAUGGAAAGCGUGGAAAAUUAUCCCGGUGAUGUUGAUGAUGUCCAUUUUCCUUCUCCAACAGUGCACAAGAACCUCGACCUGAAUGAUGCAUCAGAUCAACACUAUAGCAAUCAAGCACAGCAGAGCGCCUGUUUCCAACCAGCUGCUGGAAGGGCUGCUGGAGGAAUGGGAGAGAGCAGUACGAAUUAUGGUGAAGAAACAUUGAACGCAGAAACAGUUAGUGUGCAAGCUCGGGAUGGGUUGAGUUUUGGAAUCAGUGGAGGAAGUGUUGGCAUGGGCGCUAGUCAUGAAGCCGAAAUCCAUGGAGCUGAUGUUUCCGUCCAUAGAGCGGAUAGCAUUGUUGGAGAUGUGGAACCAAUAGCAGAAGUCACUGAGAAUCUGGGGCAAACAGGUGAAUCUGCUCCAGAUCCUGGAAUGAUGGAUGAAUUCGUUCCGGAAGAAAUGGAUAGAGAGGAUCCUCAUGGAGACAGUCAAGAAAUGAUGUCUCAUUCCGUAGGAAGGGCGGACAGUGGCUCUAAAAUUGAUGGUUCAACUAAGGCGGAGUCUAUUGGAAGUGGGGAGAAGAUGGGCCAUGUGUUGGACCGUGAGAAUAGUGACCAUCCUUCUCUUUCUUGCAACGCUAUGAUAUACUCUGUGCAUGAAGCAUCCAAGGAAGAGGUAACUCAAGCCGGCAACGAAUCUCUUGCUGAUGGAUGUAUGCCCUUGGAAUCUGAUAACUUUGCUGGAAAUGGAAUAGGACCAGCAAAUGGAGAAAGCAACUAUGGAGCAGAAGCUGUGGAAUUUGAUCCAAUUAAGCACCACAACCAUUUCUGCCCAUGGGUUAAUGGGAAUGUUGCUGCUGCUGGCAGUAGUAGCAGUGGUUCCAGCUCCAGCGCUGUUGAUGUAGCUCUUUGUGGGUGGCAGCUCACGCUUGAUGCCUUGGAUGCCUUCCAGUCUCUAGGGCACAUUCCUGUUCAAAUGGUGGAGUCUGAGUCAGCUGCAUCUCUGUAUAAGGAUGAUCACCUAACACCUAGCCGAAAACUCUUGGCACGCCACUCUGUAAGCAAAAGUCACGGACACCAUUAAGGUUCGGUCUUGACCCUUGAGCUCAAGGUUUGCCGCCAAAGGCAGCAUCAAGCAUUGGAACACAACUGCCUAUGGACAGAAAAACCCAUUAAUGUUACUUUAAUGUUAUAGAAAAUUGAGGAAUUAUGUUCAUGUGAUUUUUAGCAGCACUUACUUUCUGUGUUUGCAAGGGACUGGUUUUUAUCUAAAGAGAGACUUUGCUUUGUAGUGCCAUCUUUGGCAUCUGGUACUGUAUGUGAAAGAUUGUUGUAGAAUGAAUCAGAGAAAUGCAAACAAAAAUGCGGUAGAAAUUUCUCUCUUUUCAAACUAAAUUACAGAUUGUAGGAAGAUGAAGAAUUGUUAUUAUUAUUAUUAUUUUGAGGGAGUUAUUUGAUACUCCCACUGUGGA